CCGGGGCCGGAUGCAGUACCCUCUGCGAGGGGUUUUGGGACCCCAGAAGAGGUGCAGGCACAGUGAGGAGGCCGUGGCUUAAGAGGGCGUCAGGUCGUGAGGGGCUGAGCGGGCACUGAGGGGACGGUGUUACCACUAUGGCGUAAAUAGGUAUAGGAGCGGUUUGGAGCCGAGGCGCCUCUCCCUGCGGAUCGCCCUGGAUCCCCUUCCCGAGGAGGCUCCGUGAGCACCGUCAGCAUUCCCGAGGGAGCGGCUCCUUGCGCGGGUUUGUGGCCGGCGGCGCGGCCCGGCCGCACACCACGGGCAGCCUGGGAGCUGCACAGGAGAUCUGCCCUGCAGGUGCCUCGGAAAGGAACCACCGCGCACUGAACACAGCGCCCAGCGCACGGUACAGCCCAGGACUGGCAACAUUUCCCACCGAAUCCUUCAAAAUGCUUAAAGGACUCUGGGCUCGCUCUGUCCCCGCCCAGCCCGGCUCAGAGCCUGCUCGCCCGGACCCGCUGCAGGUGCAGGUGCAGGCGCAGCUCUGCACUCGAUCCACUGCAGUAACUGCACCAAAAUGCUGCACAACGGAGAGGCUCAAACCCACUCGUAGAACUGGUGUGCAACCUGCUCAAGAAGUUUUAACACACUCCCUUUGUUUCCUCCCUGCUGCAAGGAUCCCAGGUGAACUCAUCCAGCACCAGCAGUUGGAUGUUUGGAGAAGGAAGGCGGGCUGGGGUCCCACAUGGGUCAGCAAUUGCUCGGGAAACUUUCUAGCCAUCCAUCCCAGAGCCCCUCUGGCAGUCACGUUCUUACUCCUCCAGACUGGCACUGCUGGGAUUGAAGGCCCCUCAUAGCAGCAGCUCCAGAGAUUGCUCAACAGGAAUUCCUCCCUUGAUUUUAACGGGGCAUUCCUGCUAAUAUACUCAAAGGAAAAGUUUCAAGGGGUUUAACACUGCCCUGAUACACAUCAUUAUUGCAGGUACCAAACAACAAAAUUAAGGUCAACAGAGUUGCCAUAGGCCAGAAAGGAUUAUCAAUAUAAAAUCACAAAAAAGGUUUGAUCAUUCCCUACCUAUUGACAUACUGGGUCAGUCACCUGGUGCUGGCAGUUGGAUGUUUGGAGAAGGAAGGUGACCUGAGGUCCCAUCUGGGUCAGAAACUGUUCAGGAAACUUCCUGUCAUCCAUCCUGGAGCUGCUCUGGCAGUUGCACUCCCACCCCAGACCGGCCCUGGUGGGGCCAAGGCCAUCAGCAGAGGGGACCUGUUGGCUCCCCCACACCCCAUCCCACAUUUGCUCCUGAUUUCCUCUCCAGCUCAGUCCCAGGCUCUGCUUCCUUUAAGGAAUUUUAUCGAGCUGCAGCAGCUCAAUAACAGCUUGAGAUGGAGCCUCUGGGGAGGGACCCCAACAAAGGAUCUCCCAGGUUUCCAUCCCCUCCCAGUCUGUGCACCUGGCAGUGGGGUCUUCCUGCUGAGCCAUCCUCUCCUGCUGUGUCCGAGUGUCCGGUUACCUGCCUGGCACUGCAGGGCCCUGGGCCCUUUGGGUCAGUGCCAGGUGCUGGCCAUUUGCUGGAGGCUUUGGCCAUUUUCCCCACAGAGCUCACCCUGCAGUUCCCAGGGCAGCUGCCCCACAAGCUUUCUCACUAAAUGUGGUCCUUAACACGAGGGACCCUCAUUACACACCCCAGACUGUGACAGAGCAACAUCCCCAGACACCCUAAUCCACAGCUGCACCUUCCUUCAUCCCCUUCAAAAAUCCACACACGGUCCCUCAGGACGUCCUCAUCCCUGAGCUGGAGGGACACAGCUGCGAGGGGUGGGCUGCUGUGGGGGUGAGGGGCUGGCUGGCCGGAUGCAGCCACAGGGCUGUGGGCAGUGGCCCCUGUCCUGGGGAAGGCCGGUGGCCAGGGUGUCCCUGAGGGCUCUGGGUGGCACUGGGGCUCUGCAGUCCCUUCCUCACUGACACGGACAGUGGCUGGAGCCCGCCCUCAGCGUGUCCACAAGGGUGACACGAAGCUGUGGUGCAGGUGACAUCCAGGGGGACCUGGACAAGCUCGAGAAGUGGGACCAGAACACGAUGAAGUUCAAUAAAGCCAAGGAAGGGGCUGCACCAGGGAAAGCCAAGGGAAGGGGCUGCACCUGCGCAGGGACCAGCACAGAGUGGGAGAAGAGCCGAGAGCUGCCCUGCAGAGAAGGACUUGGGGGUUCCGGUGGAGGAAGAGCUGCACCCGAGCCAACAGCGAGCACUGGCAGCACCAAACGCCAAACGCAUCCUCGGCUGCAGCAAAGGAGGAGUGGCCAGAGGAGGGUGAGAGAGGGGAUGCUGCCCCUCCGCUCUGCGGAGCUGUAACGAGAUCACCUCUUAGGGUCCCGUCCAGCAUAAAUCCGUCAGUGAGCCGUGGUUCCACGGUAAUGAAUCCUUGGGGAUUCCGUUGGUGCCAGCACAGCUCCAUGGCUACCAGCGGCACGAGUGACAACGUUCCAGGGCUGAGGGGCACCGGUGGAACCCUGAGCGCGAGUGACAACGGCCGGGCUGUCUGUCCCUCCCGGCGCGUCCCGGCCGCGCUGGCAGCGCUCGGCCGCGCUCCGGUCGCUGCUCCGCUCUCAGCGGGGCGCUGCAGGCGGAAGCGAUUGCGAAGGCCGUUCCCGGUGACCGAGGCUGUGCCUCGUCCCUUGCACGGCAAUGCCGACCCCACGCACCACAUGAGGACCCAGAUGAUUGGAUCGGGAGCCGUGUCCCCGAGCAGCCCGAUGCCCCAGGCCCAGGUGCCAGUUGGGGGGCAGAGCCCACCCCAGGAGGGCUCCGUGGCCGUGGUGCUGCGUGUGAGGCCGCCCAGCCCCCGGGAGCGAGCUGCACCCGCUGUCCUGCACGUCCUGAACCAGCACGCGGUGCUGCUCAGCUCCGAGGAGCCCGGCGGCACCACGCCGCUCGCCUGCUGCCACAGGCGCCCCCUCAAGAACCUCGAAUUUGAGUUCGACCACGUUUUCGACGAGAGGGCCACGCAGGAAGAGGUGUUCCAGCACACCACGCUCCCUCUGCUGGACACCCUCCUCGCUGGCUACAACUGCUCCAUGUUUGCCUACGGUGCUUCGGGAGUCGGGAAAACCCACACCAUGAUGGGCUCCAAGACCACCCCUGGCAUCGUGCACCUGGCCACGGUGGAGCUGUACAAGAGGCUCGAGGCCAUGAAGGACAAGGGCUGUGAGGUCCUGGUCUCCUACCAGCAGGUGUACAAAGAACGCGUCUAUGACCUGCUGGAGCCCCAGGGCCCGCUGAAUGUCUGGGAGCAGCCUGGGAGAGGACCCGUGGCACAGGGUCUCUCCUUCCACCAGCCCACGUCAGCAGAGCAGCUCCUGGACAUGUUGGCCAAAGGCAAUAAAAACCGAGCACAGUGUCCCACCAAGGCCAACGCCUCCUCCUCCCGCUCCCACGCCAUCUUCCAGAUCCAGGUGAAGCAGUGGGACACCACUGGCGGCCUCCCCAGGGACCCACGUGUGGCCAAGCUGAGCUUCAUCGACCUGGCGGGCUCGGAGCGAGCCUGGGACACCUCGGACAGGGGAGAGGGGCUGUGGGAGGGCACCAGCAUCAACCGCUCGCUGCUGGCCCUCAAAAGCGUCGUCCGUGCCCUGGCGGGAGCCAAGAGCCACGUGCCGUUCCGGGACAGCAAACUGACGCUGCUGCUGAAGGACUCGCUGGGCGGCAGCUGCCGCAGCACCGUGAUCGCGGCCGUGAGCCCCGCGGCGCCCGCCGGCCCCGACACCUACAGCACGCUCCGCUUCGCCAGCCUGGCCAGGCGCAUCCUGCUGCCGUCCCUGCAGGGCACCGGGAUGUCUCCCUGCAGCUCCAGAGCAGCCUCCCCGCUCAAUCUGCAGUUCCAGGCGAGGACACCAAGUCCCCUUCUUCAGGACCUGCAGGACCAGGAACAGAACCUCAGCCCUGAUGAAAUUACUACGAAGACAAAGGAAGUGAAGGUCCUGGCACUGGAGGUUUCCACAGGGCUGGAGGAGUCCACAGGGCUGGAGGAUUCCACAAGGCUGGAGGAGUCCAUAGGGCUGGAGGAAGCUGCACCUCCCUGUAGCCCCGCAGAGCCCAGUGAGGCUGCCCCAGCCCCAGGAAUGAAGCUGAGCUGUGCCGCCGAGGCUCCUGUCACCAUGCCAGAUCUCCCUGUGCCCAGCACCGACCCGGAAUGCUCCCAGGAGCUCUCCCCGUGCUCCAGUCCCAGGCCGAUGUCUCCGGGGCCGGUUAAGAGGAUGCUCGAGUCGAGCAGCGAUUCCCAAUCAGAAAAUUCCCGCGGCUCCGGAACACGGAGGAAGCGCCAGCGGAGUCGUGGGAAGGCAGCAGAGACUCCGCGGGCAGCGCAGAGCCCCGCGCAGAGCUCCCCUGUGUCCCCGGAGCCCCGCUGUAUCAGUCGCCAGCCCUCCCCGCCGGCGGGCACCCAAAGCCCUGGCACCCCGGCACCAGCGCCUGCACGGACCCCCAGCCCCCUGCCCGGGCCGGCUCCAGGGCUGCUUCCCCCGAGCGCUGAGCAGCAGCAGCCAGAGCUCCGGGCAGCCCUCCCGCGUCCAUCCCCCAGCACCUCUCCCAGUGUCCAAACUCCAAACGCCUCCAGUUCCUCUCUGCCUCGCUCUUCCUGCAGCUCCGCGAGCAUCCCCUCCUGCCCCGCCGUGCCCUCCUGGCCGUGGUUCCAGCUGCGUCCCGGCGUUUGUGCCCCCUCUGUUGGCUCAGUCCUCUACGUGUGUUUGCAGGUUAUGAGUGGCUUUAGGAAAUAAGUUACUGUGUUUUUAAUAAUUUGUUCUGUCCCAAAUCCAAGGGCCAACACGUGGCUGUUCUCUCCUGCCCCCCUCUCGUGUGGGGAGCCUGGAAAAGGCUCUUGCUCUGGGGUCGGGCUCCAUCCAUCUUCUCCGCCAUCCCAGGGCCUGUGGGUGCCUCUGAUGUGGGAGGCCUGGGCCCUCUGCUGAGUGUCCCAGAGUGCAGGUGAGGG